GUUGAUUUUGAGACCGUGCCACGUACGGAACACGAGGGCUGCCGAUACGCCGGAGUCCAAUAGCGAGCGAGCGAGCGCCCAGCAUGCAGCGUGUUUUUUAAAUCCAAAGAAGAAAAAGAAAAAAAAACGUAAAAAAAAAAAGAAAAACAAUCUCUUUUUGUUGCUGUUGUUCUACCCGUUGGCCACUUCUAUCACAACAGUGUGUGUGCUGCGUGCGUGUGUGCGUGUGUUCGUGUGUGUGUGUGUGCUCUGUUGCCGUCCGGCUCGACGAGAUCUAACCACUGGCAAAUCGGGAUAAGACACGCCCCGUCCAAUUACCUGUUAAUAUUAACAGGCGGCCCAACUGGCUGACCCCCAACUGGCUGACCCAACUGGCUGAGCGGGCGCACUCAUCUCUCAGGGGCACACACCAAGCAACAGCAGCACCACAACAGCCGCACAAUGGGCAAGAAGAACUCCAAAUUGAAGCAGGACACCAUUGAUCGUCUGACAACGGACACAUACUUUACCGAAAAGGAAAUACGUCAAUGGCACAAAGGUUUUCUCAAAGACUGCCCGAACGGUCUGCUGACUGAACAAGGAUUCAUCAAAAUUUACAAGCAAUUUUUCCCAGACGGUGAUCCCAGUAAAUUUGCCUCGUUGGUAUUUCGAGUAUUCGAUGAGAACAAUGAUGGAGCUAUUGAAUUUGAGGAAUUCAUACGUGCGUUGUCCAUAACAUCGCGUGGAAAUCUGGAUGAGAAACUGCACUGGGCCUUCCGUCUCUAUGACGUCGACAACGAUGGCUACAUCACGCGAGAGGAAAUGUACAAUAUUGUCGAUGCAAUUUAUCAAAUGGUGGGCCAACAGCCGCAGACGGAGGAUGAGAAUACGCCGCAGAAGCGUGUCGACAAGAUCUUCGAUCAAAUGGACAAGAAUCACGACGAUCGGCUAACCUUGGAAGAGUUUCGUGAGGGUAGUAAAGCUGAUCCACGUAUAGUUCAGGCGUUAAGUUUAGGUGGUGAUUAACCAAUGGAGUAAUUGUAAUUCGAGAUUGUCACUGAGUUGGAAGACAACGAAUUCGUGCACAAUAAAUCUAAAUAUGGUUUGAUGAUAUAUACAAACAAACAGACGCACACAUAUAUAUACAUAUGUACAUUUAUGUAUAUGUAUAUGUAUAUGUAUAUUAUAAAUGGUUAAGUAUAUCCACCAACACAUGCAGACACUCCCACAUACGUUCCCACACUCCACAUCACACACACACGCCAUUUGCUGGAGGCAAAAAUGAAAGCGAAACGGAAAUUUGAAAAUUUGUUUCUUUGAAAUUCAACAGGAUUGCAAAAUAUUUGAAACUAAAAAAAAAUAUAUACAAGCAAUAACAAUAAGCAGAAAAAAAUAGAAACCCAAUUAACAGUGUGGAAUGUUAUGCAUAAAAAAUAAUAGAAAUAUAUGAUAUAUAUUUAUAUAACAGAACACCAACUAAAAUAAAGGAAAUGCUUGUUGUA